AUGACAAGGCUUAUGCCAUACAUGGUCGCUUUUAUAGCAGCUCUUGUCGGCUUUCUUUUCUAUCAGUCAAGAACAUCAAUGUCCACCAUCGAGAACCAGCAGGAUUCGGUGAUAUAUGCACCUCCUCGGUUUGACGAGACAAAGGAGAAGAGAUCCAGAGUCAGUAUCGGUGCCUCGCCAGGCGCUCUAGUCAAAGGAUGGCCAUCCAAGGGUGGUAUCUACAUAUUGGAAGAUUGCUUUGGCAUUGAACUUGACUUUCUGAAGCUGGAUCGAUUUCAUAGCCAACCAUCUCCGUCUGGUCCUGACGCCGCUGCCGAAGAAGAAGAGGCACACUGCAACAGAAUGCGGCAACUAGGUGCAGUCUGGUGGGAGAGCAAAGAACAAUGGUUCUUGCAGAAACUUAUGGAGCCUAACGAACCGUCUCUUCGUCGUCGUCAGCGCUUUGUUAAAGUUGGCUGGCCUGUAGGAGGUGGGGUUUGGGUCAUCGACAUUACAGUAGAUGAUGCAUCUACUAGACACGCUGGUAUCAUUUACAACGCCCAUGACAUGGAAGAACGCUGCAGGUUGAUUGAGCAACUGGGAGGCGUCUUCUAUGAAAAUCCAAAAGACUGGUUAGAUGUAGAUCUACCGUGAGA